AUGUUUCACAUCACUGACACAACAUGGAAGGCUCAUUGGGCGGUGGUCCUCGUGGCAUGCGUUGUGCUGACGAUCGCUGCAAAGCGAACUCUUUUCUCGUCCAAGAAGCUAUCACUACCAGUCGUCAAGCUGGCCAAGGGCCGGACGGCACAGUCUCUGAUGGAAGCCAGGGAAAGGUUCCCAGACACGCCCUUUGUUUUCCCUUUGAGCCCACCCUGGGUCAUACUGCCUCACUCGCUCAUGAAUGAAAUGAGAAGCCUACCGGAAGAGAAACUCUCCUUCAAGAAACACACCUACGAGAAGUUCUUGGGGCAGUACACGAGUAUCGGCUCUACUGAGCACCCGGAGGCAGUCAACGCCAUUAAGUUGGACUUGACGCGCAACAUCGGCAAGAUCCUGGGUGAUCUUCAGGACGAGGUGUCUUUUUGCAUUGACAAGGAGAUUGGACCCUGCAAAGACUGGACAGAGGUACCUGUCUAUCCUAGCGUCGUCCAGGUCGUCGCUGGGCUAUCUGCGCGGGCCUUUGUUGGGCUACCACUCUGUCGUGAUCGAGAAUGGACGCAAGCCACCAUCGACUUCACCAGAGAUACAAUCAUCCUGAUGCACAUGAACUCGUUUAUACCUCUUCCCCUACGCCCAUACCUAUCCCCUCUACUGCCCGCAUUUCGCAAGUUGGCGGGCUAUCGCCGAUUCGCAGGCAACAAGUUGAUGCCUCAGGUGACCCAGAUACUGAAUACGUAUAAGGAGAAACUGCGAGGCUUCAAGACGAUGUCGGAGAACGAAGCUAUGGAGCAGGCAGAGAAGAACAACUUCAACCUUGUGCACUGGAUGAUUGGCCACUUCAAGAACCCAGAGCGUGCCGACCCUUUUGAACUUGGGCAACAGCAGAUGACGGCGGCAUUUGCGGCAAUCCACACGACGGGGAUGGCGGCCUCGCACGCAAUCUUUGACCUGGCAGCGUACCCGAUGUACAUACCGACACUGCGCAAAGAGAUCGAGGACGUCAUUGCAGAGGAGGGUUAUCCUGACCGGCAGCUGCGCAAGACGAGCAUGGCGAAACUGAGGAAGCUGGACAGCUUUAUCAAGGAGAGCGCGAGGAUGAGUCCACCAACCAUAGUGGCUAUGAACCGUAUCGUGACGGCCCGCGACGGCAUCACUCUCUCGACGGGGCACUUUCUCCCGUACCGUACCGUGGUUGGCUGGGGUCACCCAUUCUUCCCCGGAUCGACCAGCCCCAGCAAACACGCGCUGCUGGAGAACGGCCAGCCUCCGCUGGAUGAGUUCCACCCUUUCCGCUUCGCCGAGCUGCGGUCGCAGCCAGGCCAGGAGAACGGCAACCAAUUUGUGACAUCGGACCCGAACAAUAUCAACUUUGGCUACGGCCGCAAUGUGUGUCCAGGGCGGUUCUUUGCAAGCAACGAAGUCAAGGUGAUCCUAGUCGAGGUGUUGCGACGUUACGACAUUGGGCUAGGACCUCAGGGCGAAGGUGUCGAGGCGGGUUAUCAGAGGCCGAAGAUCAUGGAGUUUGGGCCGAACUUCAUGCCGGACAUGAAGGCAAAGGUGUGGUUCAGAGAGCGCAAGACGGCAAUGUAG